AUGUCAAAACAGCGCGUUAUCAGCGAGUCUACGGGCCUUUACAGACUAUCAAUUGUCAACAAACAGAAGGACUCUCCAGGCUCAAGUCAGGAAGACGAAUCUAGAUCAAAUCAAGAAUCACCCAAGAAGGGCCUUUUGAUAUCCUCUCCCGUCAAAUCUCGAUUAAGGAUGGACACUGAUGGAGUAGCAAGCCCUGAGACAGACUCGAAAGAAUCGCAUAAAUUUUCAGAGCGUCUUUUAUAUGAUUUAGCGGCAAAAAGAAGACAAGUGGUGGAACUUAAACAAGAACUCAUAAGAGCAGAAAAAGAACUCGACGUUUUGCAGCGCGAAUGCGAGGAUUUUGGCAAAAUGGAUACGUCAACACUUAUAUCGCCCGAAAAGUUCCAGAUGCUGACUUCCAAGCUCCAACAAACCAUCGAGGAUGUGAAUUGCAGUCCCAAGGUGAUAAAGAGUAAACAAAGUAUCAGUAAUUUCUUUCAGCAGAGGAGCAAUCCAAAUGGUACAGAUAAUAAAGGUCUUACUGAAAAACCAUCACGAUUGCGUCUCACCGCAAAUAAGUUCCAAAACCUGAGCAGGAAGUCGCCAACACAGUCACCCUUCCUAGAUAAGCUUAUCAAUAAGUGGCAAGAUUUCAGCGUAAGCGAACAGGACGAAGAAAAGUUUGACACAGAACGACCUACUGAUAAUUUUUACAUCAAGAGCAAGUUCGACUACGAUGAGGAUGAAGAGAUAUCAAGUGAAACUGAAUCGGACUCGGGCUCCAAGAUGAGUGACUUAGGCAACGACCCAGUUCUGUCCACAUUUAAGAGGAACUCCGAAACAGUAUAG